AUGGACCCGGAAACCUCAAAUUAUGAAGGUUAGCUUUUUGUACUGUGGAGAAUAGUUUUUUUGAAAACUUUCGAAGAAGUAUUUUAUUUUUUGUUUUAAUAAAUUGAAAGUACAUAUUUAGGCCCCAAUGAGGAAGAGUAUUUGGGCCUGGCAGAGAAGCAAAACGAGAUGGUUGCCAUUUUACAAGAUCAGGUCGAAAUUUGUAGAGCUGAGCUGCGUGGUUUCAAUCGACAUUUCCUGGAAAAAGUGCUCUUUUUUAAAAAUUUGGACGAGUUCUUAGUUGCUCUUUGUUAAACUGGGAAAAUCUUGAGCUUUGUUUCUUUUUUCGUUGGUUGAACGCAUUACACUGAAUAUUAACGAUUGAGUAGCAGUUUACUAACAAAGUUGGAAAAAAUGUUAAAUUUACAGGUAAACGAGUGCGAAGAGUUGAAAAACGCGGUCGCAGAAUCGCAAAAGCUGCUUGAAGAGUCAAGAGCUGAAAUUUUGGUUCUGAAGGUUGUCUUUCGUUGUUUCUGUUUUGUAAUUUAUUAUAUAUUAUAUGCAUGUUUUUGUGUUUAUUCAUUUUGUGCUAUACGAAGUGGAAGUUGAUCUGUUUAUAUAGUUUUGGCAUAUCGCUUAACGGAGCAGGGGUUUGUUUAUUUCUAGGGGCGCUUUCACUGUAAUUUCAGGGGUUUUGGGUAAAAAUAAGGUUUUUUUACCACUCGAUAAAUAGGAAAAAGAUAUUUAGGAAUAUAAGGCGAAUGCGAGAAUUUUUUUCACAGUAAAGUUCAUUGCUGCAAACGAUGAGAAAAAGAGAAAUAUUUUUUUAUAAAAAAAUUAUACUUAAAUUUUUGUAAUAAAUAUGAGUUUUUUUCUUCGGAAAAAAACAAGUGAUAGUUUAAAUGCAAUUUUUCAGAAGGAAAACGAGGUUUUUGAAGAACAGCUACAAGCAUCGAAGGCCCAGAACGAUGAACGAAAAGAUUCUUCGCUCAGUUCCGUGACCAAAUUGCGAGAGAAAGUUCGCGAAGUACUGGGUUAUAUAGGAAAAACAAAUGAACGACUAAUAAUCUUCUUUUCUUUGCUUUUUCGGCUGUAAAAAUGCUCGCUGAGCUCAGAAAAUCUACCGUACGCAGUCCGAACUUGUCCGAAACAUUGAAAAUUUUCCUCAUAUUUAUUAUGUUCUUUAUAAAUUUUUUUUUUCCGAGAAAUUUCGCGAAUUUAGCUUGAAUUCGAACUUGAACGAGAACGGCGAACUUCCGCUUCGCUACGAUUGGACCUCGAAGCAAAUCAAGUGAACAACGAUGAGGUCCAAAACGCGCGAAUAUAUAAGAGAUCUUCAUUUUUCCAGUUAAAAAAUGAGCUGGAUCAAUCGCUGCGCAGUAAAAAGGCUACCGAAUCGAUGCUUCAGGCCAAACUUGAACUGACGACGAAACAGUGCGCCGAAUGGAGGGCCAAGUUCGAAGGUGAGUUUGGGAAGAAAUAAAAAUUGGUAAAUAAUGAAUCAUGGGUAUAAGAAUAUUUCAGUAUGAAUCUGAUAAGAUCCUCAAAUAUUUUUAUAUUUUGGAUAUAGCUUUAAGGACAUUUUUUCAGUUCUGACCUCACGGCAAGAUGAAAUAGUCAUGUCCUUGGAGAGCAGGUUGGAAGUUGCUGCUCAACGGGAUUCUCAUCUAGAAGAACAUGCAAAGUUUGAAAAUGAUAUGGUCAUCAAGAAAUUCUGUGUUUAGGGAGUUAACUGAAGAAAACUCGGCGAUCCGAAGGGAGAAGGCGGUUUUGGCUAGCCGUAUUUCGGCUCUUCUCGAAGAAAAUGCGAAACUCCGCUCCAAGGUAGUUUCAAAAAGAAAAAAGGGAAAAUUUGUCGGAAAUGUGUGAAAUAGAGAAAAGACUCUUUUUCCAUUUUUAUAAACUAAAAUACCACUGAUUGACUGGCUCAGUUUUUGGUACUGAAAAAAAUAUUUCCUUCAUUUUCAGGCCAUUCAAAGUGCAAGUUCAAAAACUGGCGGUCAUCCGAGGGAAAGCCAGUUGGAAUCUCGUAAUUUGAACAAAAUUCUAGAUUUCGAUAAGAUAAUUUUUUAGAACUUCAAAAGUUGGCCGCCGACCAAAGCCAUUUGAUUGCCGCGUUGAGAGAAGAAGCUCGACUUUUAACUGACCGAUUGGCUGAAGAAACGGUCGAUUCCAGGUUCAUUCCCAAGAUGAAUCGAAACACCUCAAGUAAAACAUUUGCAGACAGAAGAUCAAAACUUUGAAAAGGGAGAGAAAGGAACUCGAGUCUCGGUUGGAGAAUUUGCUGCGCGUUUGA